CGCUAGAGAUGCUAGCUAAGGAAAAACCCGGGGGCUAUAUGUAUCUCCAUCUAGAAAAACGACCCCGAAAACCAGAAAGAAAGAAAAGGUUCACGAGCUCUGAAGGAGUGCACCAUCCCGACGGAUCACGAUCCUCCGUCGUCCUCCAACAAUCUGGAGCUACCCGGAUUUCUCAUGAUGCCUCAAACCAAUCAUAAAACGGCGGAGGCAUGGGGUGAGAGGGAAACAAAACAAAUAAACGAUAGUCUAGUCUACCUGAUGCCGGUUGCACCUGUAUCAAGAGCCGAACCAAAAUCUCCUAUGGAGUCGGUUUACCCUACGCUCACGUGGACCCGUUCCGCCGGUGCAACGAUAUCGAUUUCGUUCUCAGCCGGCAUCACCAGCUAUAUAUUCGGGCCUCCAGAGUCUAGCCCGCCAUCAUAGAGAGAUCGCGAGGGGGGGUUCACCACAAUUCCUAGUGCCGAAGCGCUACGCGGUGAGUAAGAUGCCGCUUAAAUCGCUACCCCGAUGCACACGCCGAGCCGUUUGGCGUGUUAUCCUGACUUAGGGGUGAUCCCGUACCUAGAAGUCUAUAGGAAUUUUUCAAACUGUAAUGUACAGUACUCUCUCUAACCUACCAUACACACCUGCCAGGCCAAGGUAAGCACCGGAGCGCAAAUGCCAAAACGCCCUCCUCUCCCCAGCUCUAUCACGCAUGCAUGAUCCAGGCCUGUCUGUCCAAUCACACCCUCAAUGCACGGCGAAAAAAAAAAGGGGGGGGGGGGCACCCUGAUUUUAACGAACUCACCGAAUCCCCCGUACCGACGCCCAGAUACCAGGCGAGUUCCCUGUUUCGGAAAAGUAAAAAGGCUUUUCUCUGGGGGCAUCAUACUGUCGCCAGGGUCAUGGGUUAUCACUCUGGGAGCCUUUGUUUGUAUAAAAAGAGGCGUGGUCGAUAUGGCUGGUGGUGAGCGCCUACACAAUUGCACAUUGAUGUCGGGCUGUGCAGUGUGCUUCCGGCCAACUUGGUGUCCUCCCGCAGACCCCUAUCAUACUGUCGACAUGCUAACCCGAGAGAUUCAGAGCACUCCUUCCGGCACAAGAAUUAUAUGCUUAAGUAUAAUUCGCAAAUUUCUCAUCCCGCACGUCAUAAACCAUCGCCAAUCCCUUGAACAACAAGCUGAUGAAAGUAUAAAAUAGGAAAAGGGGGAAGGAAAAAAAGGAGAAAAGGCAAAACAACCACAUGGUGUAAACAGAACAAA